AGUAUUUCUCCAGUUUUUAAAAAUUCCUAAAAGCUGAUUUUUAAGUUUAAUAAAAGUUAGGUCUAUACCUCAAAAUUGUAUAUGCUCCUCCUCGCACUUUCUUGUCCAUUUGAAAAGUUGGGUUCUCAAACUUCGAUUUCCAGUGAAGUUUAGUAGUUUGAGGUGACAAGAGAAUGACAAAGAAGCGAGAAGUAGAAGAUAGCAUGGUGGCUGAAGAGGCAAGCCCAAAACGGCAGAAGGUAAUAGAGCAUUCUUCUCCCUCUCUUGCACCAACUGCUUUCGAGAAUCCACUUCUUCCACUUGCAUCUUAUGAUGAUGAUGAUGAAGACGAUGAGGAUGAUGGAAGGAGAGGACACAUUGCCGAGCAAGUCAUAAAUAAUGGUGGAAACAAGGAGCUAAAUGGCUACUCAUCCGACGAGGAAGAAGAUGAGGAUGAUGAGUAUCAUGGUAGAAGCCAAGGGAAGCGAAAUCGUGCAAUUGAAAUUCGGAGGGACUGCCCUUAUCUUGAUACUGUAAAUAGACAGGUAUUGGAUUUUGACUUUGAGAAAUUUUGCUCGGUCUCUCUCACAAAUUUAAAUGUGUAUGCAUGUUUAGUUUGUGGGAAGUAUUUCCAAGGAAGGGGCCCUAAAUCCCAUGCAUAUACACACAGUCUUGAAGCAGGGCACCAUGUGUAUAUCAAUUUACGAACAGAGAAAGUUUAUUGUCUUCCUGAUGGAUAUGAAGUCAUAGAUCCAUCGCUUGAUGACAUUAUACACGUGCUGAAUCCAAGAUUUAAUGGGGAGCAGGUUGAACAACUUGAUAAGAGCCGACAAUGGUCCAGAGCACUUGAUGGGUCUGAUUAUCUUCCUGGAACGAUUGGGCUGAAUAACAUCAAGGAGACUGAUUUUGUCAAUGUCACGAUUCAGUCUUUGAUGCGAGUAACUCCCUUGAGAAACUUCUUUCUUAUCCCUGAAAAUUAUCAACACAGUAGAUCUCCUCUUGUUCAUCGAUUUGGAGAGCUCACCCGAAAGAUUUGGCAUGCACGGAACUUUAAGGGACAGGUGAGUCCGCAUGAGUUCUUGCAAGCAGUUAUGAAAGCUAGUAAAAAACGUUUUCGGAUAGGUGCACAGUCUGACCCUGUUGAAUUUAUGUCAUGGCUUCUGAAUACCCUUCACGCCGAGCUUAGAACUUCCAAAAAAGGCAGUAGCAUAAUCCACCGGUGCUUUCAGGGGGAAUUGGAGGUUGUGAAAGAGAUGCAUAGUAGACCUAUUACGGAGAAGAGGGAGAAUGGGGAUGCCCCGAAUAAUGGCAAUGGGGAAGAUGGUCAACAUGGAUCUCACAAUAUUGCCAUGGAAAGUAGCAGAAUGCCUUUCUUAAUGCUUGGACUCGAUCUGCCACCCCCACCUCUUUUUAAAGAUGUCAUGGAAAAGAAUAUUAUUCCCCAGGUACCAUUAUUCAACAUACUUAAGAAGUUUGACGGUGAAACUGUGACUGAAGUUGUAAGGCCUCGUAUAGCGAGGAUGAGAUACCGUGUAACAAAAUUGCCGCAGUAUCUAAUUCUCCACAUGCGAAGGUUUACAAAGAACAAUUUCUUUAUGGAGAAAAAUCCGACACUUGUUAACUUCCCGGUGAAGAAUUUAGAGCUCAAGGAUUAUAUUCCUCUGCCAGCACCAAAGGAGAAUGAGAAGCUUCGCUCAAAGUAUGAUUUGAUUGCUAAUAUUGUUCAUGAUGGUAAGCCAGGUGAAGGAUCCUACAGGGUGUUUGUCCAACGGAAAUCAGAAGAACUUUGGUAUGAGAUGCAAGACCUACAUGUUUCUGAAACUCUUCCCCAAAUGGUUGCACUUUCUGAGGCUUAUAUGCAAAUAUAUGAGCAGCAUCAGCUGUGAUGAAACUGACAAGUAACAUUGGAAAGACAAACCAUUUCCUUUUCUUCUCUUCUUUUUGAAAUACCAAAUUCGACUAUUAGAUCACUGAUGAAGAGAAGUACGGCACUUGUUGAGGGAUAGUGAAUGCGGUUUACUUGUUUGUUGCUAUCGAUAAAUCUCUGCUGGUUUUAUAUUGUCAAGGCUUCUUAUCAUUACUAUUUCAUGCAGUUCUGUGAAGUCCAGCUGUGGAAGUGUCCACUUAUUUCUCUUCGGAUGGGUUUGUUAUGUGGUAGGUUCUUGAAUUCAGAAGAUGUUGCCUUUA